AUGUCAGCAAUAUUGAUAACAAUUGUUGUUCCUAUAUCACUUGUUUUAUUGCUAGUAAGUGUAACUGAGGCAGGGAUUCUUCCCCAUAAAGUGCAUGUAGAAGCCAUCAACUGGUUACUUAAUAGCAAAGACUUAACCCUUCAUUGCUACGAAAGAAAAGGUGAAGAUCUUGGUGAGCACACAAUUCACCCUAAUGAGAAAUACACGUUUGUUUUCAGGCCACGAUUUAUUGGUAAAUCGAGCAAGUAUUAUUGUAGCUUUAAAUGGGAUGGUUCCAACCUCAAAUGGUUUGAUUUGUAUUCAGAAGGAAGGGAUUAUAAGGAUUGCAGAAAUUGCAGUUGGGUUGUAAAAUCAAUGGAAAUUUGUAGGUUGGAUUAUAAAUAUGGUGGAAGUGUUGGUGCUUAUACUCUUUGUUUUCCUUUCUAA